ACAAGAAAUUCUCAUUCUCUCUCUCUCUCUCUCUCUCUCUCUCCAUUUCUAUCUCAUUCUCUCUCUCUAUAUAAUCUUUAAACUUCUGGGGGUUUCCCUUCUUUCACAAUCUCUCUCUCUCUCUCUCUCUCUCUUGAAGUUACAACAAAGUCUCUGCAAAAAGAGUUUUACUUUACUUCUUUGGGAGAGAUCUUAUACAAUCUGAUUAUGGUUUCUUAAUCUUUCCUUCUUUCUCGCCAUUUUUUUUCAUUCCGACCCGGAUCCGUAACCAGCUCUCAGAUACCCGACCAAGUCUUCCUCUUCAACAGAGUUUUUAAAAAGUCACACACCGCGUUGACCUUCUUCGUCUGGUCUCCCCACUCCUCACAAUUUUCUCUUAAAAAACUUGAAGAACCUCACAAAGUUUCAAUCUUUGGUUCUCUCCUCUCUCUUUCUCUUUCUCUGUCUCUGUUGAUUAUUAAGGGUUCUGUUGAUGAGGACUCUCUUAACUGAUUAGGAAGUUAGAGAAUUAAAAGCCAUCGAAUUUUGGUACCAAGCAAAUGGCGAGCCAGACGGGUCAUAAAAUCCGGUUAGUGAAGUGUCCCAAGUGCUUAAAGAUUCUUCAAGAAGACGAAGAUGUUCCUGUUUAUCAGUGUGGUGGUUGUUCCGCCAUUCUUCAAGCAAAAAGGCGGAACGUUGCUCCAAACAGUAGACCAAGUGCAGUAGAGACAGAGAGGGCUCAAGCCAAUGAGCCACCAAGCGAGCCUGAAACCAACAACAAUGUGUCCAGCAGCUCGGGGCAGGACACGGUUCUUCCAUCACCCGUUGAGUCUACGGAGAAGGAGCUUGGUGACUUGGAGUUAUCUAAUGGGGAUGAGACAAAUGAAACUCAACAGCAGGAAUGUUCACUUGGUGGUGAUUCUGAGAAGUAUGAAGGACAAGACAACUCCAGAUUGAAGUCUGAUAUAAUGAACACCAUGUCAGAAGCUGCAGGAUCUGGGGCUAGCUCUGGAUGCUUGAGUGUUGAUCAUGUGGUAGCUGCAAGAGCGAGCAAUUCAUCUGAUAAUGUUGAGAUCUCACCUGAUGCCUCCCCUGUUGAAGAGAAGUAUCCUGCAAACAAGACUCCUUCUGCUUAUGAUGUGGUGGCUGGAAGAGCGAGUAAUUCAUCUGGUAAUGCUGAGAUCUCACCUGAUGCUUCCCCUGUUGAAGACAAGCAAAGCCAACUUGAUUAUCCUGCUAACAAGACUUCUUCUGCUUAUGAUGGGAGUGAGUCUUCAUCUGAAGAAAUGGAAGACCAACUUCUCGAUGAAGACCAACAACAGUGGAAAACUUUUCAGAAAAUAAGAUCAGACAAAUUUGAGAUGCCUAGAUACCCUGGGAAUUAUAAAGAGGAAGGUGCUAGUUCCUCCUCCACUUUCUUUGAUAAUAGGCGCAAUGGGAUUACCACAUACAACGAACGGCCUCAGCAGAACAUGUCUCUUCAACUAGAGAGACCAGGAGGGCGUCUUGGCACACAAGGGAGGAGACAUGUGACAGAACAACUUCGGCCUGACGUGCCUUUCUAUCCUAGAGAACCAUACACACGUCUAAGCCCUUCAUAUCCAUCACAUGAUGAGUUUGACCGCUAUUCCCCUGCACACUCGCUUCAAAUGCCUCCAUACGGUGGAGGCAUGAACCACGAAUUUGUUGACUAUAUGUAUUCCAACAACCCAAGGGCAAGAGGUCGGGGCCAAGGGAGUAGGAUCUCGGGAGAGAUGGCAAGUGACAGAAGGAACCAUCCCGGUUGGUCUUCAGGUCAGCUUCAUAAUUCUAAUUACAGUUCAUAUUACGCAAGUCCACAGAGACCAAUGGAACAGUCUGAGUAUCAACCGAGAUGGAGCCACGAGAUAGUCUCAGAUGUUGAGGAUCAUCAUCAGCGUAAUAGACAUGCUAAUCACCUCCAUGAGCCACAGACCCGUCGUCUUAAAGAGAGACAACGUGUGGCCAAGCGUCAUGUUCGUCCAACAGCCGGUGGGGCACCUUUCGUCAGCUGUUACAGGUGCUCAGAAAACCUGCAGCUUCCUGUAGACUUUCUCAUCUUCAAGAGGAAGCAUCAUCUUCUCAGAUGCGGCACUUGCACCACUGUUCUCAGAUUCUCACUUCAAUCGAGAACUCAUUUAGUUCCUGCCGUAACACAUGACACUGAUGUUCAUAGGAGUAGCAAUUCAACGACAGAGUCUCCCAGAGACGGAGCUCCCUCCCAACCCGAAAAGCUGAGCUCCUCUGUUCAGGAUGAGGAGCUACCUGCGGCUAGAGGCUCUCCGCUUCACCGACUAAUGGGAUAUUCUACUGUAAGCCAAGUCUUUAAAGCUUCACAACGUCCACCUUCUGUAUAGAUCUCUGCUUCUGAUGAAGCAACGAGAACUAUGUGCUUCUGAGAUGGAAAGUUUUGCCAUUGGUUUAUCAUUCUUUUUUGCACAUCUGUGUAUAGGUAAAAAAUUUGUUUCUGCACUUUUGUUUAAAGUAGAAACCAUGACACUUGUGCAAAAUUAUACAAAAAAGAAGAAGAUAUUGCUCAUCUGUUGUAUAUAUAUUUAGUGAUGAUAUGUUUGUAACAAGAUUUGAAUUCAUCAUCAUUCCUGCUUUAAUCAAUUCUACAAUAACUUUACCACUA